AUGGGGGAAUGCUGAGUGGGGUGCUGCUUGUUCCUCUUGUUCAACAAGGAAUGUUUAAGGCAGAGAGGCUGGGCAAAAAUGUCGGGUGACGACGAAGUCGUGGGUGGGGCCAUGAUAUCCAUCGAUGACUUGGCCGAGGCCUUGGCAAGGCGAGAUCGGGCCCGGGGUAAUGUCCCGAAGGUUGAAAUCUUCCUCUUCGAGGGAGACCGGGUUUCGGAGUGGUUCGAGAAAGUGGAGCAGGCAAUGGUGGGGGUGUCAAACCCACUGAGGUUCGAGCGUAUAUUGCAGUAUGUGCACCAUGCUCUGCAUGAUGAGAUUGGGGCAAUCAGGACAGCGGCGAAUGGGGAAUGGACUAAGUAUAAAGAUGGUAUGAUAAGGAAGUAUCGUCUGGGCGAUGGGCUUAUGACACAGGCCGACGUGGAGGCCAUAAACCGGGACAACUAUACCACUGUGGGAGCGUUGGCGAAGGACUUCAAGAAGAAGGCUAGGAAGGUUCCGGGGAUCUCUGAGGAGGAGCAAUGUGCUAUCUUCCUAGGGCUUUUUAAGUCAUCGGAGGCCUCAAUGCUUACGAAGAAUGGCGAGGUGGGGAAGAAGCUCACUUGGGAGACGAUUGACAAAGGAGUGAAGGAAGGAGGGUUGGAUGAGGUCCACCAAUACCAGAUGGGCCUCCAUAGGAGGAAAAGGAAAGAAAGGGAUGAUGUGGCCGCCACAAAUCAGGACAUGAGGAAGACAAUAGCCGACCUGCUGACUGAGUUUGGGUUCACAAAGGAGCAGGCGGCCCAAAAGAAGGUGGUGACUAUUGUUCAGACAAAAGGGAAGGAGGUCGCCGCCGAUGAGUUUGGCCCGGAGGAUUAUGGCGAGGAGGAGACGGGGUCUCAGGCCCUCACCAAGACCCAGCGUAGGCAGCGCAAUCAGCUGCAGGGAGGACAAGGUACGGGGAAGGGCCAAGCCCCUCAGGCCAGUGCGGCGCCACUGGCCGCCGUCGCGAGUCCCUCAGGACGGAAUGGCGGAGGCCGUGGUGGUGGGUGGAAUGGCCAAGGGGGUCAGGGCCAAGGAGGAGGAAGGCCCAGAUUCGAUUGGAAGAAUGCUACGUGCUGGCAUUGCGGCGGCAAGGGCUUUACUAUUCGAUUCUGCCAACAAAUGAGGGAUGAUGAGCAUGCUGGCUUGAUCAGCACGUGCAUGGAUGGAGAUGUUUACGAUAAGAGGGGUUACGUUAUUGACCCCAGGACCCCGGGAGGAAUUCGGCAGGAGGCCAAGAGGCGAGCUGUGGCGGGACGGUCGGCAGAACCCGCAAUGUUUAGAAUGUGGCAGGAGAGGGAGGACCCGAUUGUAAGGGUCGAAGAGGUUGUGGGGGAGAAUGAGGAAGUGACCCAGCCAUGGAAGGCGGGCGCCGUGAAGGAGGAACCUAUAGUCGCUGAAUCGGACGACGAGGGACAGGAAGCGGUAGGGGAACCGACCUUGAGGAUUCUGGAAAGGAUGGAGGACCUGCUCGAGAAAGUGGGCAGGUACCAGCAAAGGCUGAGGACGAUGUGCGAGGAAGCCCAACAGUGGAGGGCGAACCUGCCAGGAGUAAUGUUGUCUGACUUUUCGAAGGAAGCCAUGCAGAGGGGAGGGAGGGGCGCACGGUCACGGCAGGGGCCCCAGAGGACAUCUGGGAGAGGAGAGCAACAUAGACGGCCUGGGAGGGAGCCCACGCCCGAGUACGACGGCGAGAGUGUCGUGCUCUUCCUUGAUAUAUAUCGAGGCCAUGCGGCGCAGGCAGGAUGGUCAGAGAUGGACAUGAUGCGACAUUUGAGGGGAGUAAGGCGUUUCGAGGACCCAGUCGCCCAGAUAUGUGAGGAGGCUUUGACCUGGUCAGACAUUGAGGCGAGGAUGCAGCGACUGAGAGCAUCGCCGAGGGGACGUGAUGGCAUGCCCAUUAGGUUGGAGGCCGGGAAUGCAGAGGAGUUCAUCCCCGCGUAUGAGUAUUGUAUGCUAUAUCAAGGGGUUGCGUGGGAGGAGUGGACGAGGAGUCUACUUAUCUGGACCAGGAGAGCGGAGAGGCCGGAGGCCAGGCAGAUCCGAGAUGGGGCACGGGACUGGGAGGACUGUCAAGCUCAGCUCAGGCGGAUGUUUGGGCGACAGGCACAGGGGAGGACGGAGCCGAGGGUUGAGAGGCGGAGACGGAGCAAGAGAUUGAGGGAGCCAACGCUACAGGAGGGGCUCCACGGAGGGGGGGGAGAGGCCGCAGCGAGACAGAGAGACGAGCCCGCGGAGCCCAUGCAGGAGGAGGAGCCGUUCCCUGCAUGUGGCCUUAGGCAGGUGGAGUUCCGACGGAUUACGAGAGACGAGUUGAGGCCACCUUCGCCGUCUCCACCUAGGCAGGAGCAGGCCGUGCCUGGAGAGACGCCGUUCCGGAGCCUGGUAACUCAUCUUGAUGCAUCCAGGUGGGAGGCUUCGCAUUUGGGAAAGGACUCUGCUGAGCUAGUGCAGUAUGAGCCGGUGGAGGAGGAGCCGCUAGAGCUUGAGGUAGGGGCGGACCUACGAGGUGGAGAGGGAUCACAGGAGCCGGAGGCGGUAGCCGAGCCGCAGAGCCAGGCACUACCUCAGGAUGAGGAGCUGAUUACGAUUGGAGAUGAUACCCCUCCAUCCACUCCGGUCCCAGAGCGGGUACAGCCACCCUGGCCAGAGUGGGUUCCUGAGCCAGGGAGUGAGGAAGCCCCUGAGUCUCUCCCAGAGAUUACCAUCGCAUCGGCGCAGGAGAUGGAGGUAGAGAGGCAGGGAGAGGGCGAGGGGAUUGAGAUGAGGAUGGUUGUGGACUUGCCAUCAGAGGUAUCGACGGCUGAGCGUCCGAGUAUUGAAGAGCUAGUACCAGUGGAGCCGCCGCCUGUAGUGCCAGGCAUGAGUGGAAGGAUGAGUGUCGAGGAAUCGAUUUCAGGGACUCCUGGAUCGCCAGUGGAGGAGGUUACGAUGGAGGCAUGCAAGAAGAAGUCCGCCAGGGUGCAGGCCCAUCUCCGGUAUGAGAGCCAGCGAGACGCCGCCCGCCGCAGGUCACGAGAGAUAGGGCAGGCAGGCGAGGGUCUGGAUGAGCUAAGGAGGACGGCGGACUUUGGGUUCUCGGCUGGGACGAUGGCGAUCGAGCGAUUGGACAGGAGGAUAGGCGGGGCAGUGAAGACAUCCUUUGACCACUAUAGCCUACUCAGCGAUGAUGCUAGAGUUAGGCAGAUGGAGGUGGAGCAGCUGACUGCUCAGUUGGCAGAGGAGAGGGCAAGGAGUCAGGCCAGAGAGGUCGAGUGGGAGAGAAGGUUUGGGGAGUUGACGGCCGUGGUGAGCAGGCUCUCUGAGGCCUUAGUGGCUAGCCGGGCCAUACGACCUGACAUGGAUGUCCGCGAUCAUGGGACGCAGACUUCACCUCACCAGGGGACGGCAACAGAGCCCCUUCAGCAGGGAGCGGUUGAGACUGGGAUGUCCGUCGAGGAGAUGACUCAGCCCAGAGCGUCCACACCCCAUGGAGCCCCUGAGGAGGGCCCAGGCCAGGGCCCGCUACAUCUAUCUGCAGAGGAGAGGGGCGCGAAGGAGUCACUCAUGACAAUGUCCACGGAGAGGAGGGGGUCACGCCUACAUGAGCUAGCGGCAACCAUGGGGAUAGCCACGCCACAGGAGGGACCUCAGAGGCUCGAUACGCUAGGACAUGUUCCGAGUUUGGGAGGUUUGAGGGCAGAGCUGGGGUCCUGGGCUACAGAGUCCGGCACAGGGGAGCGUAGCUCGGAGCACCAGCAACAGGAGGCUACGAGUGAGCCAGCGACCAUGAUGGGCGCUCAACUGUCAAGGCCAUAUGGAGGCGAGACGGUGGUAGAGACAGGGAGGCUCUACGAGGGGAGGCCCCAGAGGUUGGACACUCCAGAGUAUAGGCUAGGGAGCCAGGCCAUACAGGGACGUGAGGGCGCUGAGGCUACGGAGCCCGGACUUCAGGGCCGCAUGGGGCUGCCAUCGUGCCACGAGAUGACUACUGAGGCAGCAGGGGUACCAUCGACGUCGAGCUCAAAGGGAAAGAAGAAGAAGACGGCGAGGUGGUUCGACGGAUCGUGCUUGUGGUGUAAGAAGUACGGACAUAGAGCCUCAGACUGCCCAGGGUUGUUUGAUGACAAGGCUAGUGGAUUUGUCGCUGAGAUUGAUGGCAAGUUCUAUGAUAGGCAGGGCAGGAUGGUAGAGCGGGCUCCGGAUGGAGGUAGGGCACAGUUGUAUAGGCAGAAUCAGGAGGAGUUGAUUGAGUAGGAGCUGAUUUGCCUAUACCUUGUAGGGUUAGAUUUUUCUUGCACACAUAAGGGAUGGGUUAGAGGUGUAUAUACUUGAAC